AUGAAGCAAGAAUCAACGAAGAAGCAUGGUGAACGCAGCGUCGAAGGCCCGGAGUAUGGAUUAAACGGGAGCACGAUGGGGUCUUUCAACAGCGAGCAGCCGCUGGGUGGAGGUGCCAUGGCUUGGGAUUUUGCUUGGACUUUGCGGGGGUCGUGUCACCAGAACGAGCUGUGCUGGUCGCUGCACUUUGCCUCUCAGAGUCUCACUACUGGGUCAGAAAGCCUGUCGAUAUCAGAGAUUAUCUUAAAGGCAGCAAUAUAUCUGCCAUUUCUGUACAUCGAAGCCAUGGAUUACAUCAAUGAGCGCCUACAAAGUAUAAAAAGACUUCAAAGGGCAUCCUUCAUUGGCUGGGAACCAGUCUUCCGAUUUAUCCAGCUUCAGCAGUUUGACGGUCCACCACCCAAGCAUAUCUGGGCAAUUGCCGCGCCAGGACGUUGCUAUUUCAAGCAGAAUCACUCAGGAAACCUUCCAUACGAAAAGGACCGUGAAGUCGGGGAGUCGGGACUCGGAAAGAGCCCAUAUCCCUUUCGCAGCGAUGAUGGAAAGGGACAGCGCUGGGCUGGAUGGGAUUUAGACUUGCCCGGCCCGUGGCCAUUAUUUUUACCAAGACCGCGAGUUUAUGCUUCUUCUUGGGGAAGUAAUGCGGUAUUCUUUCGUCAUUUUCUCCAAAAACUGGACAUUAUGGGCGAAGACUCUGAACAAGCAGAUUACUCCCCUCACUGUCUCUCGACCACGUUGUCACUACCAUUGGGUCCCAAAGCGGAACGCACCCAGAAAGCCAUGCCUCGUCCAAAUUCGAUCCCAGCUUCACAUUUCGAUACAUUUCUGGCAGCGUAA